AUGAAUUGGAAGAAAAUUGCUAUGAUGAUUAUUCCAUUUAUUUUAUUUGCAAUUGGUGCACAAGUUGGAUUUAUAUUAUGGUUAAGACCUUUAUAUGAUCGUGGUAUAAAAUGGCCAACUUUAAUCUUUGGUAUAUUAGCUUCAGUUUCUUUAGCUUUAGGUUUAUUACCACCUUAUUUUGAAUUAGCAAAGAGAAGAGGUCGUGUCGUGGGGAUAAAUUUUUGGUUUAUUGGUAUUGAUUGUCUUGGUGCAUUUUUAUCCAUGCUUUCAGUUGUUGUUGGGAAUAUGGAUAUAUUAGGUAUAGUAUUAUAUUGUAUUUGUUGUGCAUUAGAAAUUGGGAUAUUUUUAAGUCAUUUCAUAUGGUGUUUAAGAUUCAAAUGGUUAAAUAAAGAUUAUCAAGAUGAAUUAGAAGGUGAUAUUAAAGAAGAAGAUAUAGGAUUAGAUAAUGAAAAAACUGCCAAUAAAAAAGAUGCAGAUUAUACAGCUACUAGUAAUAAUAAUAGUGAUGAUAAAACUGAAGAUGAGGUGAUUGAAUCUGAUAUAACGGAUAAAAAAUCACAAAAUUAA